AUGAUUUUUUAUUUUUAAAUAUAACAGGUUUGUGGAAACAAUUGACUUAAAUGUGCCAGAUCCUGUUGCCCACAAGCACAUACCUUAUGUUGUCAUUCUUGUCAAGAUGGCUCAUGAGUGGGCAAAGGGCCAUGGUGGCGUCCUCCCUUCAACCAGGGAAGAGAAAAGACAGUUUAAGGAACUUCUCAAAAGUAGGAUGAUUGCAAUGGAUGAGGACAACUACAAGGAAGCUAUUGAUGCCUCCUUCAAAGUCUUUGCUCCUCGAGGGAUUAAUGCAGAUUUGCAAAAGAUAAUUAACGAUAGCUGUACUGAAGUUGGUUCUAAUUCAUCAGACUUUUGGGUGAUGAUGGCAGCUCUAAAGGAGUUCAUUGUAAAUGAAGGCUGUGGGGAGGCACCUCUAGAGGGGUCUAUACCAGACAUGACAUCUUCAACUGAGCAUUAUAUAAAUUUGCAGAAAAUUUAUCAGGCCAAGUCUGAGGCUGAUUUCCUUGUAAUGGAGCAACGAGUUGAGAAUAUUUUAAAGAAAAUUGGCAGAGAUCCAAAUAGCAUCUCCAAGGCAACCAUAAAAAGCUUUUGUAAAAAUGCAAGAAAACUUAAAGUUUGCAGAUAUCGCCUCAUUGAGGAUGAGUUCAAUAACCCAUCUCUUCCAGAGCUGCAGAAGUAUUUAACAGAUGAAGAUUACAGCUUUGCUAUGGGAUUCUAUAUUCUUUUAAGAGCCGUUGAUCGGUAUGCUGCCAACUUCAAUAGUUUUCCUGGGCAGUUUGAUGGUGGAAUGGAUGAGGAUAUAUCUCGUUUGAAAACUACAGCAGUUAGCCUACUUAAUGAUUUGGGUUGCAAUGGCUUAACAUUGACAGAGGACCUUAUCAAUGAGAUGUGUCGGUUUGGUGCUGCAGAGCUCCACUCUGUGGCCGCCUUUGUUGGAGGAAUAGCAUCACAGGAAGUGAUCAAGCUGAUAACAAAACAGUUUGUCCCAAUGUGUGGGACUUACAUAUUCAAUGGUAUUGACCACAAAUCUCAAUUGUUGACAUUGCAAGUACAAGCUGCAAAUCCAUAAGUAGCUGAUUCCAUGUUCUACCAAAAAAAUGGGCAAAAUCUUUUUGUGAUAGACCUGGACAAUACCAAUUAUGAAAUAUAUUCAAGUGGUAGCAUUUUUGCAUCUUUGUGAGGCAUAGCCAUGUACUUAAUGAUACAUAACUUGAUUUAAAGACAUGAAGGGAGAAACAUGAGAAAAAGAAUGAUACCGGAGAUGAGGUUUUACAAUGUAAUAACCAUAUUCUCCUUCUAGCAGCUUUUCUUUUCUGGACAUGUGUUCAUUUCUGCAGCAUCUGAUCUCCUUUCUUGGCUUUCGUUCAUUUCACAUGUGUAUCGCUUAAUACCAAAUAGAAAGUGCAAUUUUGA